AUUCGAUGUCUUUUCACAUUGUCCCGACCGAAGUUCCCACCAGACGAACGCCAGCUUUCAACCUGUUCUAACUUAUUCGGAUUGACGCCAUGAGCAACUUCUUUUCUGUCAUUGUUAUACUGUGUCUGUUUGGGGCAUCCGGAGCUGACUCGUCCGUCGUCCGUUCCAAACGGGAGGAAGAUGAAUCUUCAUCGAAUGCAACGACUCGGCAAUUAGGAAUGUUCGGUUACCAGCCACCGUAUGCCGCUCCUCAUCAGUUUGGCGGAUUAUAUCCGGGAGCAUUUAACUCCCAGCACCAACAGCAGUAUCCAUCUUACGGUGGAUUCCAACCUAUGGGGCCGUAUCAAGGAGUGCCGCCAUCGCAUUUGUAUCAACAGCAAGGAUUUGGAGCUGGAAGUUAUCCAGGAGCCUCUCAAUUCGGUCAAUAUCCAAAUCAAUAUCCCCAGCACUGGCCUUACGGCGGAGCUGCCGGCCAGAGUCCUUAUUACCCUACCAAUCCAACGUCGUCUUCAUUCCCGACAAAUUCCUUUAAUCCAUCUUAUGGAUCUCAGCAUUAUCCCUCAAACAACGGAUACAACAACAACUACAAUCCUUCAGUUCAAAACGGGUUCUACAACCCGACAACAUCCGCCGUCACGUCUCCGCAAAAUUCUUAUCGUCCCUCUGGCCUUAUUCCCGAUCCUUUCGGCUCGGUGGCACCUGUGAUUGGGACACCUUCUUACAAUCCCUCCUCCAACACAGGAUCGUUGUAUAAUCCUAGCCAAACUUCAUCAUCGUACAAUCCUAGCCAAACAUCGUCGUCGUAUAAUCCUAGCCAUCAGCAAACUUCUCCUCAGUAUAAUCAAUACAAACCAAUCACGAUCAUUGAUACCCCUUCUUACAGCAGUCCCAGUUACCAGCAAGGUUCCAGUUCAGCAUACAAACCUGGAAGCGGUUCUAGUGGAUCUCAGGAAGGAUAUGAUUCGGUUGUCGUAACAGCCCAAGGAAUGGCGCCGUACGACCAAUCGUCAUCCUAUAAACCUUCUUCAGGGAAUUACAAGCCGGUAGUCUCAUCUCCAACAUAUUACAAACCUCCAUCAUCUUCAAGUUAUCGACCACCUUCACCUAGUUAUUCUCAACAGAAUUCCUACCGUCCAAUAACUGUCCAAGGUUCGAUUCAAGAAAUUCCAUCAAACACACCCACCUACUAUCCAUCGAAUUCGCAAAACAGACCCAGUUUUUAUUCGGCGUCUUCUUCCGAUCGAGUAUCUUUUCCUAGCGAUUGAGAAACAAACUUAUUUUCAGCACACAGCAGCAAUUAUUAAACAAAAUUAUUUUUUAAAUGCAUAUAAUUUAAUAUUUGCACAGAAGAUCUUUAACCAGCUUAAUUUGAUAUCACUUCCUCGUGAUUGAAAUGACAAAUUUUGCCUUGAACUCAAAUAAUUACUAAUGCGUUUUUAACUAUACUCAUAUUUGAAAUUUGGCGCCGCCCAAUAACUCCACGGCUAGUAUCUUUUUCGAAGUCAUUUGAUUCCCGAAAAAAAAAAUGAUCUAAAACUCAUCGUUUACGUAAUGUCUAUUUGUUUCGUGACAGAAAAUAAACUCGUAACUAAAUUGAAGUCCUUAA